AUGUACAAAGUCGAUAUUGAUCUAUCUAUUGGUCGUGCUAUAUCGAAUGAAAUCGCUAAUUGGCAUCAGUUGAAUAUUAUUGAUGGAUUUGGAUCCGUAGCUGGAUUUAAAAACAAGAACACGCCGUAUAUUAUUCUGACGACCAGUUGUGAUUCCCAAGCAACUCUAAUCCAUGUCAAUGAUUUAUCUCAGCUACCAUUAUCGAGAACUAUGAAAACACCUUGUACUCAACCGAUUCAUUCAUUAGCAGGCAGAUAUUUAUUAGCAUUGGGUACAAUUCAAAAUGACGUUGGUGGUUCAUUUCCAGUAUCACUCUAUGUGUUUGAUGCACUAUCAGGACAAUGGAAUUACGAAAUUGUCAAUUUUGGUAGCAUAUUUUCUGGUACAUAUCAAGUUCUACAUCCACAAACAGGUUUUUCAGCUUUGGAUUUAAAUGCAGUUGAACCAAUUCUUCAUGUAAUAUUGUACAAUUUGGUGAAUGACACACGUCACAUCUUAUCGAUUCGUAUCGAAAGCGGUCUAUGGACAUUGAAGGAAAUUGCUAAUAAUUUGUUAAGCAAUUUUGCAUAUUCAACCGAGUUAAAUGCCCCUGUAAGUGAUUGUUCUAUGGGUGGAAUAUGUGUAUUAAAUUUCGAGAAUUAUCGGUGGGACUUAUUUUUACCAAUUCCAAAUUUUACGGAUUUUAUGGAUUGGACAUUUUCGGCUGAUAAGCAAUGUAUGUAUUUUAUUACCAAGCAAAAUAUAACUGUAAUUGAUCUAUCAAAUAAGUUAUCUUUUCAUUAUCGUGUAUUACCAUUAAUUGAACAGAGUGGCAACAUUGAUGGUAUCGAUAAAACAGUAGUUUUCAAUAAAAUUAGCUAG